CUUUUUCUAGCUAGUUGAACGCAGCUCAUUAACAGCUGCCUGGUUGCUAGACGACUCAAUCUGCAACACUGGUGUGAAAACAGUAACCUCCACACGGAAAGAAAACGACGUUUUAACGGAUUUCAGGAAGCUAUGGUUAACAGUCUCUGUCACCGCAUCACCGGCUUGUUAGACGGAGAUUUCGUCUUGUGGUGGACAAAAAACCGAGUUGUAGCAUAACUGUUAGCUAACGUCUCUUUUGUUGCCCCAUGUUUUUACCACUAGCAAGAGAGGCAACGUGAAGUGCGCUUUUCUUGACUGAGAGGAGGAAAAAUGAGAAGAUUACACACGGAGAAAGUCAAGUUUUCCAACUUAACGUAACGCUUGUUUUCCAGAUAUGUUUAGUGCAACUGCUGCCAAGGUGUCUGUGGAGGCGAGUGAUGUUCAAACAGACGAAGACUGUGAAGAGCUGGUUGAGGAUGGCUUCUCUUUCUCUGCAGAUAUUUUGGAAAAGCAGAGAACAAGGAGGAAGAGAUCUUCUGUCAAGCCUCCUCCUUCUCCCAGGUCUCCAUACCUCUCGAGUCUGAAUGUGAACUCUAGGAGGGCAGCGGUGGCGGCCUGGAGGCUGCCGAGGGCCUCGCUGGGGGACACCAGAGGGGACACUCCUGGGGACAUGGGCUCAGCUCGCCUCACAUCCCUCAGCAACGGCCACGAUCUGUCCCAGCUGCUGAGAUCAGAGUGUGAUGUCACACCGGAGCUUCUGAAACAGACCUUGACUGCGAGGAAACACAAACAUCUCCACUCUGCAUCCAACGGCUUCACCUUCGGCAGCGGUGACUACAGAGAGAAGGAGGACAUGUAUGAUGAGAUCAUUCGCCUCAAGAAGAGUCUUCAGGCGCAGAAGUCUGACAACCAGAAAAUGAAAGCCAAACUUCGCCGCCUGGAGGGAGAUAACGCCAAAAGAGAGAAACAGCUAGAAGAACUGUUGGAUCCCACUAAAGGAUCUGAAUAUACUCGCAGUUUGGUGGAUAAGAAAAAAGAAGGGAGUGUGGUUCUCAACGGGCUGAAACAGAGAAUCCUAAAGCUGGAGCAGCAGUGUAGAGAGAAAGAAAAUGCUCUAAGUAAACUGCAGAGUGAGCUGAGGACUACCAACCUGGAGGAGCUGAAGAUAACAGUAGAAACCUACUUUGAAGAGAUCCAAAGACUGAGGAUGCUUUUAGAAGCUGCAGAGAAAAGUAGUCGAGCAGAGAGUAAAUGCUCUCAGAGGCAGCAGAAAGCUCUGAGCUCCACCGUUCUGCGUCUGUCUGAGAACCUGAAGCAGCUUCAACAGGAAAACACAACGCUCAGAGAGGAGCUCAACACUGAGAGUCCUGCUGGAGGAAUCAAAGGUUACAGAGAGUGGAGUAAACAGAGACUGCUGAGAAGGCUGUUUGAAGUGGAGAAGAGGCUGGAGGACAGCAGGAAAGACGCCCACAGAGCAAAGAGCAGCAGCCGAUUGGACCAGGAGGUUCAGACCACGCCCACUGAGAGUCUGGAUGUUAAGCAAGGGUUUGCCAUGGCAACAGAGGCAGUGGUCUCCGUGGGAACGAUCACUGAGGAAGGGGAGGAGGUUUCUGCUCUGAGAGGACGCCUCAGCCAAUUGGAGAUAGAGAGGGCGGAGCUCCAAGAGACGCUGUCAAGUAAAGAUGAUGAAGUGAGACAGUUGAGGACAGAAAGAGAAGAACUGGAGAAAGAGGCUGAGCAAUGGAAGGCUGAACAGACAAAUGAACGGGACAAAGAGAUUCAGCAGCAUAAACAGGAACUGGAGCAGUUAAGGGCGAGGAUUCAAACUCUGGAGGAGGACAGAAGCAAACUUGCACAAGCUGAACCGUCUCCUCUCUCUCCCACAACACAAGAGACCCACGAGGACACUCAAGACAGAGCAGGUCUGGAGGAAGGAGAAGAAAGGGACACUGGAGGGAGAGAGAAGGAGGGGGAAGGAGCAGAGAAGAAGAGGACUGAGAAUGGGCGGCAGAAAGAGAGGGAGAAAGCGGCGAGCAUCAUCCAGACAAAUUGGAGGGAGUAUAGAAAUAGGGACAUUGUGAUGUUGCAGUCAGCAUUAAGAGGCCAUUUCCUCAGAGAGUCGCAGCUCAAGGACCUGCAGAAAGAUGCACAGAAAAAGGCUGUUGAGGCAACAAACCGCAGUGAUGUGGCCUCUCCUGUAGAAGGAGAGCUGGAUGCAGUUGCCUUGACGAUGAUACAGUCUGCAUUCAGGGGACACCUUGCUCGCCGUAGUCUUGCAAUAGAGAGCUCAGGGUUCUCUGUGCCUUCUCCACUGUCUCUGCCAACGCUGGUACCAAGAAGAGCUCGGUCAACACACACAUCCAGCAGAACAGGUGCCGCAUCUCUCCAUAACAAUGAUGAAAAGCAGGGUGAGGAAGAACACCUCUGGCCUGUCUCGAGCUCUCACACAUCCAGCAUGACACCCAUAACAGCCCAAACAGAGCUCCAGUGCCCAGCAGAGUCUGGUGGAGCCGCUGCAGUCGAUUCUGACGAUUCUGACGACAUCAUCGUGUCUCCCUCACGUCCUCUGAGAAGCAGAGAAGUCUUAAUCUUAUAGACCGUCUGGGUUGGGUGGUGCGUGUUUCUGUGUGCAUGUGUUUGAGAGUGUCGGCAGGAGGAAUUUCUGCUUCUGUUUCUACUCAGAGGUUUAAACCACCAUGUCUUUGUCUUACUGAACCUGCAAAUGACAGCUGGGAUAUCCUAAUAUACCGUAUUUCCUCAAAUAGUGGUGCCUUUGUUUACCUCUGCAGAGGGUACCAGGCCUUUAUUGGAAGCAUGCUCAUAUUAGCGAGAGGCCUUUAUUUCUAAUUCCCUCUGUUUGAUAAGGAUAUUUGCUCAUAUUUUAGUGCAAAGCCUCCUUGUUUUCUGAUCUGCUUCUGUUUGCCCUGUUAAGUUUUUGUUAUUGCAUUACCGGUUACCACUUACUCCAACGUGUGGAACAAUAAUUCUAGAGAGUGAGUUUCACCCGGAAUGUUUUGGCAGUGGACCACUUAGCUGUAGCAUGUGGGUAGCAUCUUCAUGGAUCUUUUAUAUUGUAUUUAUUUAUCGGGACAGUGUGCAGUUUUUAACGUAAAUGAUGCACUGUACCAGAUUUAGCUUCCU